AUAGAGAUUUGCGUCUGUGUGUGUCGUACGGGUCGGCAAUUUGUGUUUGAUAUAUUUAUUGAUUUGCUUCAUUCUAUAUCACAACCUCUUUUCCAGAUCGAUAAAAAAUAUAACACUAGCAAUACCCAUGUUUGUUUUUUUAUUUGGCUUUUAUACAACAUAAAAUCUUGACCAUAGAUUUGUGAUCCUUUUCUCAGUUACACUUUUUUUUGUUAUCUCUUUUGCUCUAUAUCAGUGUGUCACUCACCAUUUGAUACUCUUUUCCUUCUUCUCACUGUUUUUUCGCCAAGUGAAGAGCUUGAGAGCGGAGGAAGCUUGAAGCUUUUUUGUUUGUCGGAGGAAUCGCUUUUAAAGAAGACGAAGACUUGAUUUUAUGUCUUCUCUGUUUAUUCGGGAAGUGAUUGGGGCUCUGUUGAAGCUCUGGAUUUUCUCUAUUUCUUCUCUAUUGCUCACUCUUAUUGUGUCUUCUACUCUCUAUAUGCUCUUUUGUAAUCUGAGCAAUUUUUUUGUGAAUCAAGCUGUUUCAAUGCGAUUGAGGCCAAAAAGGACUUGUUCUGGAGUAGAGUGUUUUGGUGGCUUUCAUAUACAAAGAUUUUCUCAUCUCUUUUUGUUCUUAAGAGUGGAUCUGACUUGACUUGAGAGAUCUUUCAAGAUAUUGUCUCCCUUUUUGCCUUUGAUUUAGUUCUUUAAUUAUUUCAUUUUCCCUUUUUACAAAACAAAAUUCUGAGUAUUCCGAGGGUUUUUGGAGGGUUUUUCUCAAACAAAAGAAAAAGAAAAAUUUCACCAUGGUAGAAUCUCGAAAACAAUCUGUCUCUAGAGCCAAACAUAGGACUCACCCCUUGAAAGAGUCAAAAAUUAUGUCAAGAAAAUUACGCAUAAUUUAUGAUGACCCUGAUGCAACUGAUACAUCCGAUGAUGAAUCUGACUCCAGAAAAAUUAAGAGGAGCGUCGUGGAGAUCCCUCUCCCACUUCUAUCUGCAGUGUCUUUCUCCUCUGAAAAUUCCUUCUGUGAGAAGGAAAAGAUUACAAAGAAGAAGACUUGUCACUCAGUUCAACCUCAUAUCAAGAAGAGGUCGGUUUCAUCAACCCCUGCAACACCAACUAGGAGACAAUCUAAUGCCAAAUACCGCGGCGUUCGCAUGAGGAAGUGGGGAAAAUGGGCUGCUGAGAUUCGUGAUCCAUUCAAAGGUGCUCGCAUAUGGUUAGGAACUUACAACACUGCUGAAGAGGCUUCUCAAGCCUAUGAAUCCAAAAGGAUUGAAUUUGAACGUGAAGCUAAAGCAAAAUCUGAAGCAAAUGCAGCAAAUAAUAAUGGUGAUGGUUCUUUUACUCAAGAAAACAAGAGUAGUUACUCUAACUCUCCUUCUGCAGAUGCUGUUGCUGCUACUACGUUUUCUGUAUCAGAGAAAUUCUCUACUACAGAAGACUCUGAGAGUUUGUUCUCACACACAUCGCCUUCAUCGGUGCUUGAAUUGGAUACCUCAGCUUCCCAUUUGAUGGAGCCUGAAAAGCCCGAUGUUUCAUCGAGCAAUGAAGCAAUGGAGGAAGCUGAUGAGGAAGCCAGUGAAUUAGUUGCUCUUCAAUUAGAAGAGCUAGAGAUACCAGAUCUGAGUGUUUUGAACUUGCCAGAACCAUCUAUGGUUGAUAUUGAUGCUCCAUCUGGAUGUGAUCCCAACCUUGGGUUUGAUUUUGAUCGGUUUACCUUUGAUGAUUAUAGACAUGGUUUCGAAGACUUUGGUGAUUUUAGGGAUAUCCACAUUCAUGGUUUUGAUGACAAUGAACCUAGUGAGCUUCCUGAUUAUGAUUUUGCUGACAUGGGUGCAGAUGAUGAAUUUGCUGGAUGGAUUGAGGAACCCCUCUACAACAACAUACCUUGUGCCUAAUUUUUGUAGUCCGAGACUAGUUAGUAGUUUUAUGUUCUUAAUUUUGAUAUUGCCUAUGAAGUUUUGUGAGACAACAUCAGGAAUCAUUAAAAUCAGUUCAUGGUCUAGUGAUUUUAUGAUUUGAGUUUAUUUUUAAUUUUGUUUAUUGAGAGUGGUAUUAUUUAGAUGAAUGUAAGAGAGGAUCCUUUGGUUUUCUUGUGCUAUUAGAGCCGUCCCAAGGGUUCUUGAACUUUUUCUAUAUAUUGUAAUUUUAAAUAUUGCAUUGUAUUAAUUAAAUAUCAGUUAUUUAAUUGUUGUGUUAAA